GUGAGCGCAGGACGCACGUGCGACCCCGCGGAGCCUGGGCGUGCAGAGUCUGGCCGCGCUCCGCGGACUCCCGCCAUGGGCGCUGCAGCAGGCUCGGGGACGGCGCGCUACCUCGUGUACUUCCAGUACUUGGGCACGGAAUUUAACGGGGUCGCGGCCGUCAGGGGCUCCCAGCGCGCCGUCGGGGUCCAGAACUACCUGGAGGAGGCUGCAAAGCGGCUGAAUUCGGUGGUGCCGGUCAAGUUCACUAUCUCCAGCCGCACGGAUGCCGGGGUCCACGCCCUGUGCAACGCGGCUCACCUGGACGUCCAGCGCCGCUCAGGCCAACCCCCCUUCUCCCCAGAGGUCCUGGCAGAGGCUCUCAACGCCCACCUGAGGCACCCGGCCAUACGGGUACUGCAAGCUUUCCGAGUACCCGGUGACUUCCAUGCCCGCCAUGCAGCCAUAUCCAGGACCUACCUGUACCGUCUGGUCACUGGCUGCCCCCGGCAUGACCACCUGUCCGUGUUUGAGCGGGACCGGUGCUGGGCACUGCAGGCAGACUGCUUGGAUGUGGACGCCAUGCAGGAGGCCGCCCAGCACCUCCUGGGGACGCAUGACUUCAGUGCCUUCCAGUCAGCGGGCAGCCCUGCCAUGAGCUCGGUGCGCACGCUGCGUCGGGCCUCCGUGGCCCCUGACCCAGGCAGCCCCUUCAUCCUCCCCCAGGAGAACAGGUUGCAGUUCUGGAACCUGGAGUUUGAGAGCCAGUCCUUCCUGUACAAGCAGGUGCGGAGAAUGACAGCUGUGUUGGUGGCUGUGGGGCUGGGGACUUUGAUGCCUGCUCAGGUGAAGGUGAUCCUGGAAAGCCGGGACCCCCUGGGCAGGCACCAGGCACGUGUGGCCCCGGCCCAUGGCUUAUUCCUCAAGUCCGUGCUAUACAGGAGCCUUGGUGGGAAUCCAACCUCUGUUCAGCAGGAAAGUGAGGAAGCCCCAGGUUGGCCAAAGAAUCCCCACCUGGAGACCAGAAACCCAAAAGCAAGAGGCCUGGAGGCUUGCCGCACGGAAGCCACAGAUAACCCGCAGAUUUCACGGCUGAGGUCAGGACGGCCCGGACACACAGCCUUGCCGCCGGCCCUUGCCCCGCUCUGCACGCCACAUGGGCCUCCGGCACCCCACCUCCCUGGGCACCCCGGGCUGCUGCGGGUGAACUGCAGGCAAAAGGUUUGCGCAUCAAGAAGGGCACAGCCACGCAGCCGCUGGUUCCGUUUUUACUGGAAAUGAACACCUCAGGAGUGUCCCUCCACCCACUGGGGGCUCGGGAAUAGAAAUAAAGAAGAGAAAUCAA